CACUGUUUCUCUCCCCGCCCAUACGACGCGUUGACACUACAGGCCGCCUUGCGUCGCGUCUCCAGGUGAUGAAGCUGUGUGGAGUCGAAAGUAAAGCGGCUAUGCGGUCUGGUGUACUGUCUGUAGGCAAACGUACGAAGUGUUUCAGCCAUAGGAAAUGUCAAACAAACCAGUGUUUGUCGUUUUAAUGGAAGAAGGCCAGUCCUGUUUUAAGGACGAGUGACGAAAAUGAACGGAAUAGAUCAUUUGACCCGCAUCUGAGGAUAAAUCAUUCAUGCGGUCAUGGCUGGGCUGAUCAAGAAACAGAUCUUGAAGCAUCUCUCCAGGUUUGCCAAGAACCUGUCCCCGGACAAGAUCAAUCUGAGCACGCUCAAAGGAGAGGGUCAGCUGACCAACCUGGAGCUAGAUGAGGAGGUGCUGCAGAAUAUGCUGGAAAUCCCCACCUGGCUGGCCAUCAACAAGGUGUGCUGCAACAAGGCCGCCAUACGGAUCCCAUGGACCAAGCUGAAGACUCAUCCCAUAAGCUUAUCAUUGGAUAAGGUGGUGAUGGAGAUGAGCACAUGUGAUGAGCCCCGCUCACCAAACGGUCCAUCUCCCAUAGCAACGGCUUCAGGUCAAAGUGAGUAUGGCUUUGCCGAGAAGGUGGUGGAGGGCAUCUCUUUGUCCAUCAACUCCAUUGUGAUCCGGAUCAGUGCUAAGGCCUUCAACGCCUCCUUCGAGCUCUCCCAGCUGCAGGUGUACAGCGUCAACACCAGCUGGGCCCAGAGCGACCUGCGCUUCACUCGGAUACAGGACCCCACCCGCGGAGAGAUCCUGACUUUUAAGGAGGUGAGCUGGCAGAUGAUCCGCAUCGAGGCUGACGCAAUCCAGAGCGGAGAGCAUGAGGUCCUCAGUGCACCCAUCAGGCUCAUCACCAACCAAUCACGGAUCAGAGUCACGCUGAAGAGACGAAUGAAGGACUGUAACGUGGUGGCCUCCAAGCUGAUCCUGAUCCUGGACGACCUGCUGUGGGUUCUGACGGACUCCCAGCUGAAGGCCAUGGUCCAGUACGCCAAGUCCCUGAGCGAAGCCAUGGAGAAGUCAGCCCAGCAGCGCAAGAGCAUGGCCUCAGAGAACUCAGAGGGGACGUCGGCGGCCCCUUCACCCCAGCAGGUGCGUGCGCAGCAGAGCUCCGCGGCGGCGGACCAGAACGCCACCAUGGCUCGCCUCUUUAGCGACUUCGACGUGUGCGAGACCUCACACCACCUGCAGAUCACACACCUGGACCUGCACAUCUGCGACGACAUCCACGCCAAGGACAGAGUGAUCAAUAAGAGGAUCACAGGCGGUGCCAUGCAGCUCUCCUUCAGCUCCAUCACCCUAGACUACUACCCCUUCCAUCGGGCAGGGGAGAGCUGCCUGCACUGGAUGCACUACAGCGAGGCCACCAAGGCGCGCGAGGGCUGGGCCCGCAACCUGCUGGAGGAGUUCCGCACCAACGUGGACCUGCUCAAGACCGCCCUCAAGGACCAUCAGAGCACCAGCGGCCAAUCGCAGGGCUCACCACAGCAUGGGAAGAUCUCCACCAGCUCCAGCGUCAGCUUCUCCCCUCCCCCCACGCCACGCACACAGCUCAUGUCCAGCUCCUUCGUCCUGCGCAUGGCCGACUUCAGCAUCUACCAGGUAUCCACGGCAGACCAGCGUCGCUCCAGCCCCAAGGCUAUGAUCUCCUGCAAUAAGAAGUCCCUGUACCUGCCUCAGGAGAUGCCUGCCAUCCACGCCGAGCUCACCGAGUACUACUUCCCCGACGGCAGAGACUACCCCAUCCCCUGUCCUAACCUGUACGUGCAGCUGAACGCGCUGCAGCUGGUGUUGGACCCGCGCAGCCUGGUGUGGCUCAACGUGUUCGCUCUGGACCUGAAGCAGAGCCUGGAGCAGUUCAUGCAGCUCUACAAGCUCGACGACUCGCAGAAGAUCGACGAGCACGUGGACAUCAGGGUGGAUGGACUCAUGCUCAAGCUGGUGAUCCCAGCCGAUCUGGACCCUGGCACCCCUCCCGAUCUCCCGCGCCAGCUGUCGGUGCAGACCUCCGAGAUGGUGGCCACCAACACACGCCACUCCCCUUCCUGCUCCCGCUCCAGCCUGGAGGCCCUGCUGCAGGCCUUCCAGGAGGAACCCUUCUUCAACACCUCUUCCUCAUCCUCCUCAUCCUCCUCUUCCUCUUCCCAUCCCCUCUUCCCACGCUCCUCCGACGCCUUCCCUCUCCUCCACCCGGUCUUCCAGCGGCACGCGCACGAGCGCGACACGCGCCUCCACGAGGUCUACCGACGGCAGGUGGCCCCCUCGCUCUCGGCCGACGCCCUGAAGAUGCCGGCGGCGACCGACGUGUGGGCCGUGAGCUGCUCGCAGUUCUGGGUGGACUUCGAGGGCGCGCGCUCGGGCUCCGGGUCGAGCCGCGGGCGACCCACGCCCUUCGUGGACUCCUUCCCGCUGGCGCUGUGGGUCUGCCAGCCGGCGCGCCACGCCCAGCACUCGCAGCGGCUCAAGGACGCCGCCGCGACCUCCGACCCCGCCGGACCUGACCCGGCCCGGAUUCAGAGGAAGCGGUUGCUCAAGGAGUACUACAGCACAGAGGCCGCCUCCGCGGCAGGCAACACGGCAGCGACGUCCGCGCCUGGCAACGGCCUGCGCAAGCCACGCUCGCUGGACACUCUCGGAGCGGGUGCCGUAUCCUCCUCCUCCUCCUCCUCUUCCUCGACGCAGCCAGACGUGCAGGUGUUGGUUGCGGUGCAGAAGGCGCUGAACGCGCAGCUCAACCACCAGCAGUACGUCUUCCUCAUGCGGCUCCAGCGCACCAUGAAGCAGCUGCAGCAGACCCUGCAGCAGGACCUGGAACUCAUCCGCAGCGGAGCCAACGCCAACGCCGCCGCCGCAAGCCCCACGCAACCGCAGCAUGAUCAGGACGAGCCAUCCCCGUUCAGUGUGUGUGUGGGGGUUCUGAUGAAGUCCGCUGAGGUGUCGCUGCUCCUGAAGCCCGUGCCCAACCCCAACCCCCCCAGCACCGCAUGCAGCCCACUGGGCUCCGACCUCUCGCCCUCCGACAGCCGUGGCACCCUGGAGCCCGGUGGCAGCGAGGAGGGGGCAGACCGAGUGUUGGACGGGGCGCCAGCGAAGCCCUCCUGUCCCGUGGAGCAACUCCUGUGCGUGUCAGCCGCCGACGGAGGAGGAGGAGGAGGAGGAGGAGGAAUGCAGGCGCCGCUUCUUCCUCCUCCUCCUCAGCCUUUGUCCUCCUCUUCAGCCUCCACCUCUCCGGCCGGUCGGAAGGGGUCGCUGGAGGAGCGGCGGGCGAGCGUUGGUGCCGUGCGGCGCUCGAGCGCGGAGGAGAGGAGAGAGGGCGGCAUGGAGCCGGUGUCAGAGGGAGAGGGGGGAGAGGCAGGGGGGAAGGCCCAGCAGGGUGAGCCCUCGGCGGACGGGGCGGCUCCGCUGGACCCCCUGAGCGACCCGCUCUCCAAGGAUUGGAGCGGAGGCUCGGGGAACCGUCUGCCUCAGUCCAUGUCCAGUGGCAGGCUGAUGAGGGACCGAUCCCAGUCUAGUUUCUCUGUGUCGUAUAAGAACAUGAAGAAGAGUCCGUCUCUGCAGUCCCUGGACAACCUCUCCAUAGACAGCUACAUGCUGGAGGACUGUGACACCUACAGCCUGCUAGAGAGAGACGACGUGUCUAUCUCGGGCUACAAGGACGCUGUGAGCGAGCACAGCGGAGCGGAGAGUGCCAGUGAGGUGAUGGUGCCCACUGCAGAUGGCGCCGUCUCGCCUGAUGCUGUCAGCGCCACCUCACAGAGCAUCGACGAGCCUACCAAAGACUUGGUCUCGGUGCUGGUUCUGAAGGUGAACUCAGUGUGCGGUUCUCUGGACCUGCGGGGAGAGAACACGGCGGUGGCUAUGGAGGUGGGGCAGGUCCGGCCCAAUCAGCUGGGCAACGUCAGCCUGCGGCAGUACCUCAGCAACCGCAGCCUGGGUUCUGGUUCCGUGGCAAACUCCGGACCGGGUCGGUCGCGGCCCGAGGUGCAGGUGCGUCUGGAGUCGGGCCCGAGCGCGGCCGCCCACUCGCCGCUGUCGGAGCACAACGGCUUCCUGCAGUGCCGUCUGCACGCGCUCAGUACCGACCUGCUCAUGUCCACGCUUCAGAACCUGGGCCACUUCGUGGAGGACAGCUCCGAGUCACAGGUGCUGCCCAUGGAGAUCAGCCUCAGAGACGUCCACGUCAACCUGAAGGAUGAUGGUCCCCGUGACAACCUGUCAGACCCAGAGCCGACGCCCAUCGCCCUGCACAUUGACAGCCUGCUCGUCCACCGCAGAGAUGAUGGCUCCUUCAGCAUCGGACUGGAUCGUACUGCAGGUCCUCUGGAGACGGCUCCUCCGAAAGAAGCCCCGUUGAUUGACAGCAAGCUAAACUCUGUCCCAGAGCUUCCUGUGGGCGUGUCCAGCGAACCGAAAGCCACUCAGACCAACCCCAUGUCUCCUACUAGCUAUGCCCCUUCCAGUAGAGAAAAGAUGCUAAAUGAAGAGAACGAGUGCUUGAAACUGGAGCUCUCCAGAGCCAAGAUGGCGCUGGCCGAGGCCCAAAUGGAGAAGGACUCUUUGCUGCACCACAUGAAGAACCUGAAACUGGCAUCAGGGGGAGGCAUCAGCUAGUGACUGUGUGGAGUGUGUGUGUGUGGGGG